ACCUCGUUCCCGCUGGCUAGUCCAAGUCGCAUUUCCCAACACCGGCCACAGAACCCGCUUGUCCUCUUCGCCGAGGUCUAGGCCACGCACAUGGCGCUGCCCCCCAUCCUCCUCAUCCUCCCGGUGCUCCUGCUCGGCUCGCUAGAGGCCUGGUCGGCGCAGCAGGCCGCCACGCUGCACGAGCGCGACGCGGCGGCGCUCAGGGACCUCCGCGCAGGGCUGCGGGACCUCCCUGGCUCCCGGUUCUUCGACUCUUGGGACGACGCGCGCAGCCCCUGCGCCUACGCUGGAGUCGUGUGCGCGGCCGACGAGGACGACCGUGCGUCAAGCGCGCUGCGCAUCUCCGUCCUCACGCUUGGCACCGGCCUCGCUGAUUCCCCCGGCCUGGCGGGGACACUUCCGGCCUCGCUCUCCAGCCUCUCCGCGCUCACGGACCUCGUGCUCUACCCGGGCAGCGUCUCGGGGGCCAUCCCCGCCGACAUUGGCUCCGGGCUCCGCCGACUCCGGCUCCUCUCGCUCUCCGGCAACCAGCUCACCGGGCCGGUGCCAGAGUCGCUCGCCGGUCUGCCCGAUCUGCACACGCUCGACCUCGGUAACAACCACCUCGAGGGAGCCAUCCCCACCGGCUUGCUGCUGCCGUCUUCGCCGAGCCUCAAGGUGCUCAUCCUGGCCAACAAUGCCGGCCUCUCCGGGGAGAUUCCUGCCCUAUUCUCCAGCUCGCAGCUGUUCCACGUCGAUCUCAGCAGGAACGCCAUCACCGGCACUCUCCCGCCGCUGCCGCCGACCAUCCGGUACUUCUCCGUGGCUGCCAACGAAAUGCAGGGCAGCCUCGACGGCGUCUUCGGCGACCGUUGCGCCCCAGCCGACCUGGCCUUCCUCGAUUUGUCCAUGAACAACUUCUCGGGCUCCAUCCCGCCGGACAUGUUUGCUCUCCCGAGCGCGUCCUCGCUGCUCCUGUCCCGAAACAACUUCACCGGGCCGCUCACUGUGCGAGCCGCCCCGCUGCCGUGGGCCGUGGUGGACGUCAGCCACAAUGGCAUCUCAGGCGAGGUCCCGGAGGCGCUGGCGGUGGCGGGGAGCCUGUACGUGAACAACAACCGGAUGUCAGGCGAGGUUCCCCGGGCGGUGGCAAGCAGCGUGUUCGCUGGCCGCAUGACGACCUUCUACGCGCAGCACAACUUCCUGACCGGCUUCCCGGCGCCGCCGCUGCCGCUGCCGGACUCCGCAGUACUCUGCCUAUCGUACAACUGUAUGGAGCUGCCGUCCGCUUCCGCCGCCGACGGGUGCCCCACCAUCGGCGGCCCCCUUGAGGCCAGGCCGGCAGUCCAGUGCCGCGGCGCCGACGUCGGAAACAGCGGAGGCGACGGCUGAGCCGCCUGCCGGCGUGACAUCUCCGUGGAUGACAGGUGGGGCACACUCGCCGCUCGGCACGGGCGGAGCUGCGGUGUAGGAGUAGGUUGGUUGGCGACGGAACACCGAACACCAGCAGGCUGGGGCUGGCCUCACAUUUUUUUUCCUUUGUACGUUUGUUUAGCUGUGGUUUAAUUUUCUUCUGAUUGGUUUGAAUUCAUUGCGGCUGGCUUGAGGUCCCACGGCAACGGCCACAUAGGAACCUGUGUGCACCUUUGCGCAUGUGUGCUAGGAGUACUCAAAAGAUUAUGACCUGUUUGUUUUCAGGGAUUUUCUGUUUGUUUCCAGAGAUUUCUUUUUAGUCCGGUCAUAUAAAAACAUUUUUA